CAGAAGUUCCAGCUAGCCCUUCUGUGCUUUGCCGUCUUUGUUGUUGCCACAUCUGCAGCUUCUGAGUGUAAAUGUGAAGACAAAAAGGUACACUUUAAAGUUGGUCUGUUUAAUAUGGGUGCUUAAAAACAAGUGGUGCUUUAGGAUACAUUAUUAAACCGUCUUAAAGUUUAAAUUGGUCACUCCACUUUUCUACAGGUUAUUUUGUACAACUUUUCUAUAAUUAGCGAAGGCAUUUUAUAAAUGCUAAGCGAUGUCUCUUUCACUUUGCAGCAAAGUGUGUCCAAGUACAAGUUCAAAAUAAAGGAUGGAGAUAAAGAGAUUGAAGAAGACGUUGAAAUUGACACUGAGAAACAAACAGAAACCUAUCGCAUUCCAAAGACAGAUUCUGGGAACGCGGGAGACGUUGAUAUCGUUUACGAUUUCAAAAAGGUGAUGAAAGAUACUUUAGUAAGACAGGUGCAAAGUGGGUGUGGCAGCAUCACUUACUUGGACUGUUCGCGAUGAACUGAUUUUAAAGAUUAAACAUUUUCUAGCUCCUGUCGGUGAAUUACACACUGGAUUAUUCUUUCUGUUCGUAUUUUUCUCUCUGUUCGUAUUUUUCUCCGUUAUCCCAAAACGUCAAUUUGAGUUAUGAUAUCGUAACAAAACUGACUAUGUGUUUCUUUCUUGCAGAACUUGACCAUGCAACGAAUCUCUGCUGCAAAAGCCUGUUUUCUGAGUGAAUUUGAUGAAAGUAUUCCCAAGCCCAGUGACCUCGUCAAGUUACUUGACCAGGUAUUUCAAGUGAGAUUAACAGUUACAUUUCCACAGUGUUUCAGUAGGAGAUAGAACUAAAUUUAUUGUUUUAUUUUACUAUCGUUUGGACAUUUCAAAAAAACCUUUUCAGUAGCCGGUUACUGUACACGCUUAACCAGCCAAGCAAUGAGGCUUAGCCAUAUUUUUGAUAAACUUAUUAGACACGACGGAAAAUCAUGUUAAGGUGUUCUUGGGUUUCCUACUCCCUCUCCAUCUAAGACUUUAGUUUUAAGGUUUCUAAGCUGUUGGUGUUUUUCUAAAAUAAAGGCCUUUUAGUACGCGGGUAAUUUAGUUUAAACUUGAAAACGCGCACAGAUUAUAAUUACAGUUGCAGAACUUUCGUUUAUUUUAUGCAUCAUACUUCUUCAGUACGACAUGAAGGUUACUUAAUCAUGGCACUUAAGGUAUUAUGUUACUCUUUACAGAAAAGCUCUGCAUCGCCAACAUUGAAAAAUGAGACGAAAGUUGAUUACGAAGUCGUUUCGAUGGUCACUGACCGCUCGGACCUGAGUGAUGAAAUGGCUUCGUUGUGUGCCAAGCUGCCCAUCUAUCGCGUCAAAAAGGCAACGCCUUUGUCGGUAAUGGUUAAACGUAAGUGUUGGAAGUUAUUAGCGUAUUAUGAAGUCAAAUAA